AUGAACUGUCUCCGUACAAGUUUAUUUUCAUUGCCCAGGUCAUCGUAUUCAUCAUCAUCUCCGGUCAUUGCUGCACCCAUGAUGAUGGCAUUCUCACAACCCAACAAUCGUUUUAAGAAGGGUACUCAAUAUUUGAAAUUUACUGAAAUUCAACAACGGAGGUAUUCCUCUUCCUCAUCAUCAAAUGAUGAUAACGGAAACGAAUUCAAGCAGAACCCUUCCUCAUCAAAAUUCGGAAGCUAUUGUGCUGUAGGAGUGGCUGCUGCUGUAGGUGUUGGUGCUCUUACCAUGAUGUUACAGCAAGGCCAAACCAAUAAGAACGAACCACAAGUAGCACAAGAAAUCAAUGAUACCAACAUUGCUGAACACGACUUAAUUAACCAAAAUGUGGAAAUGUCCUUCAAUGCAAUCAUGGAAGUGCUAGCCGAGGAUUCAAAGGGCCUUUCCUUUCACCCCAAUAAGGAUACUCCUCCAAUAUUUAGAGUUGUCUUGACUGGAGGUCCGUGUGCUGGUAAAAGCUCUGCCAUGACCAAGUUGAGAGAACGUUUGCAAAAUCUUGGUUUUCAAGUUUUUAUUAUACCAGAGGCUGCUACCUUGUUGAUGACAGGUGGAGCCAAGGUUACUGACAAGUCAACAGUUGAGGAAGUUUUGGCAUUUGAGACUUAUAUUAUCAAGACUCAGAUGGCCAUUGAGGACAAUUUUAGGGAACUUGCUAAGGUGAGCAAGAAGCCAACAAUUUUGCUUUGUGAUCGAGGAACAUUGGAUCCAAAAGCAUACGUCUCUGAUGAUUUGUGGCAAGCUUUGAUGGAUUUGAAUGGGUGGUCCAUACCACAACUUCGUGACCAGAGAUAUGACUGUGUUAUUCAUCUUGUCACCACAGCUAUUGGAGCUGAAAAAUAUUACACUCUUGAAAACAAUAAUGUUAGAACAGAAACAAUUGAACAAGCCAGAGAGCUUGACUACAAGCUAAGAGCGUCCUACAUUGGUCAUCCUCAAUUGUAUAUUGUUGACAAUGCUGUCAAUAGUUUUGAUGAAAAAUUACAAAAAGUUUUUAACAUUCUUUCACAUCAACUCGGAUUUCCAAGAGCUAAAUCAUCACGAAGACGUUUCUUAUUGAAGCCAAUGCAAAAAGUAGACAUUGAUUUACGGCAUGAAAUUAUUGACCUUGAACAAAUUUUCCUUCCAACAAGUAACGACAAAGAUAUUAUAAGAAUUGUAAAAAGAGGUCAAAAUGGAGUCUUUACCUACUCUUAUCACUCAACUACCACAACUGGUGAUGGUUAUGAAACAGUUUCUGCUCGACCAAUUUCCGCAAGAACCUACGUCAACCUUGCAACCUCUGCGGAUAAGAGUAGAAUACCAAUUUCAAAGAAGAUUUAUAGUUUUGUGUACAAGAAUCACUACUUUGAACUGAAUCACUACCUUAAUGGUAAAGGAAAAGGAACCUUUAUUUUGAGUGUUGAAGCUGUAGCGGGUCAAGAGGUUACACUUCCAUCAUUCCUCAGUCCUUAUGUUUUGGACGAAGUGACUGAUAGCACAGUUUUAUCCUCCUAUGAGUUUGCUAAAACGGAAUAA